AUGGCAAAGAAAAUACCGUCAAGGUAUGUUUAUCAAGUUUAUACUAAAGAAGUAACGCAAACAUUGAGUGGUACCUUACAUUAAGCUAAAAUAUGAAGCUAUUAACUUUCAGUUGGAUCCCCUUUAAGCCUUUGAGCGAUCAAAUCGAAGGUACUCGAUUUAUUGCCUUUAAAACACCUUUAAGCGAAGAUCGAUUUGAAGGCAGCAGUCUGGACGAAGAUGAACAAUUUACAGUAAAUGAGUUGGUCAAACAAGUAUGUUGUAUAAUAUUAAAUUUAUUACUACAACUUGAUGUUACACCUGGAAUAUUUGAUCAGUAUGACUGACACUUGAUAUUUAUUUACUUUUUAAUAAUUUACCUUCAAAAUUUUAAUAAAGCUUUAUAUUUCAUAAUGUUUUAGGUCUCUGCCAAAGGAAACAAGUUAGGACUGGUUGUUUCAUGUUGUUCAAGGCUGCUUUACGAUCCAGAAGAAUUAGAAACGCAUGGAAUAAAGCAUGUACAAGUUGCACAUGUCCUGAAAGAGUCGGACAAAGCGAUUCGUACGAUAAAGCACUUCUUGGACAAACAUCCUGAUCCUGGUAUGAUAAUAUUUGUUUUUAAACUUUUGAUCUAGAACUCUAGAAUAACCGUCGGCUUUUUAUAAUUAGGCCUAUGUCAAUGUAUUUACAGGAAUUCUGGUCGGCUUUCACUGCCUACACGGCCUGAAUCGAACCGGCUUCCUCGUAUGCUCCUACAUGAUCAAAGAAAUGGGAUUCGAGCCAGAAGAAGCCAUUUCUCGGUUCGAAACAGCUCGAGGACACGAAAUAGAGACUACCAAAUCUCACAUCAGACGUUUGAAGUGA